UUUCAGAUAUACGAAUUAUGGAUGAAAUAGCUGAGAAAUAUCCAUCAUCAAUUGAUGAAGCAUAUAUUGAAAAUACAACAACACCAAUACCACAACCCAUUCGAUUAUGUGAUAUGUGUCAUAAUGAUUCAUGGAAAUAUCGUUGUCCACGAUGCUCAUUUCGUACUUGUUCAUUGUUAUGUUCCAAAGAACAUAAAGUGAAAUAUGAUUGUUCUGGUGAGCGUGACAAAUCAUUUGAUGUUAUCAAAAGGCUUGUUGAUUAUUCAUCGUCGGUAGCUGUUGAUGACGAAAAAUUCCUCAGUACUAUCACAAAAUCAUUGAGUAAUGCUACGGAAUCUUUGACAGGAAUAACUCAUGCAAAUAUUCCUCAUUCUGUACAAGAGUCAAAAGAAAAUGAGAAUAAGCUUGAAGUCAUUCGUGAUAUUGCAACAGAAGGGAUCAUUGAAACUCAUCAUGAUGAACAUUGCGCAAAUGGAUUAGAAGAUAAUGGCAGUAGUAGUCUAUUGGAUGAAAUCAACAAUGAAAAAGAAGUGACGACAUCAUCACAAGUGGGUGGUGGAAAAGAGCUAAGAUGGGAGCAUAUGGAACGGAAGACUAUGGCUACGAAACGUUACUUACUCAACAAUGCUCAUCGAAGACGCAUUUGGCUUACCAUCACUCCUGAUAAAGAGGGUAACAGUUCUCGCCAUGAACAGUUUUCGGAUACUGUAUUUUGGACAAUAAGAAUGAUUUUUCGUCGAGAAGAGCAGAUUGAAGGUGGACGACAAAUUGUUGAGGACGGAUAUACAGUAAAUAAUAUUCCGGAAAGUAUAUCCGUAACAACGCUUCUACGACAAUUCAUCAAACCUAAAAUAAUUGGACCUGUUGUUAGUAAGUCAGACCUUGAUGCUGAGAAGAUGACACCUUUCCAAGAAGCUGGUAUGGAUAAGUUGAUGGUUUAUAUGCCUGUGCCUAUUGAAGGAAAACAACGUUAUUAUGUAAUAGAUUUGUCAAAGACGAUUCUGGAUAACACACGAAAUCGUUUUAUUUUGGACCAUCCAACUUUCAUUGUUACAUUAGAUAAUCAAUUCAAUGAUUAUAUUACGCUCAGUGAGCAGGAAGCACGAGAACUUCGAGAAUUACAACGACGGAAAAACCGCGAUGAAAAUCGAAAUGCUGUGCAAAAUAAUUUCCGCGGAAGAGGUCGCUUUGAUAAUGGACGAUUUCUAUCUCGAGGUGGUGGACGGGGAGGGUUCAAAAGAUCGUAUCAUUCACCGGAUAGCAGAGGCGGUCGAGGAUCAGGAAGGCCGUGGAAGUGCGGUAGACCAUUUCGAGGCGGCUAUCAUCAAAAGCGCGACUUCUGUGAAAGGAAUAAUGAUGGACGAGGUGCGUCGGGAACUCCAAAUUUUGCAGUGAGGGAUUGCGACCAACGUCCGUCAAUUCCCCCGCAAACAGGAGAUCCGAUUAUGGAUGCUUGGUCUAGAGCUCUUGAAGGCAAAAUUAAAAAGGAAAUUCCUCCAAAUACCAAUAAUUCAAACGAAGUUCAAACCGCUUCCUGACCUGUCUCCUGUCUUUAAUCAAAUUUGUGUUGUAUUUUUUUUGUACCCAUUUUUGUGUGUGUUGCGGGGUUUUUCUUUUACUUUUUACAUUACAUGUGUUUUAAUUUUUGUUGUGUUAUUUUGGUCAA